UAUCCUCUGUGAUGUUGCUGCUGGUGGCGGAUACAAACAUCACGGGGAAGUACGUUAGUCUUGAACGGCCAGUGUUAUUAUAUAACAUGAAGUAGGGGUGCUGAGUUUCCCUCAAGAUAAAAGAGGUCAACAACGGGAUGUAGCCGAUGAAAUGGAGUAUGAUGAGAAACUUGCACUUUUCCGCCAAACACGCCUCAAUCCUUUUGAUCGGGGAGAAGAAGAAGAAGAAGAAGAUGAUGCUCCACAAGGAGGCAAGGUUCCCCCCCAGCACGAAAUCAGAUCCGAGCUGUUCUCUAGGAGCAGAACUCACAGCACAGACCGGACCAUGGACCUUGGUCUAGCGGAAGAUCACUUCUCAUGUCCUAUGGGUUCUUUUGUGGCGUCCGACAUUGAACAGCUGAAAAUGGCCAUAGAGGAGUGUAAAAAACUGAUCUUGGAGCUGCCAGAACAUUCGGAGAGACAAAAGGACACCGUGGUGAAACUUAUUCACCUUCGUCUCAAACUGCAGGAGCUUAAGGACCCAGAGGAGGAUGAACCCAAUCUGAGGGUUUUGCUCGAGCACCGCUUUUCGAAGGAAAAGAGCAAGAGCGUGAAACAGACAUGUGACAAGUGUAGCACUAUCAUCUGGGGCCUUAUUCAGACGUGGUAUACCUGCUCAGGUUGUUAUUACCGCUGCCACAGUAAGUGUAUGAACCUGAUUACCAAGCCCUGUGUGAAAUCAAAGGUCAGCCACCAGUCGGAAUACGAGCUCAGCAUCUGCCCUGAGAUUGGACUCGACCGGCAGGACUACCGCUGCGCAGAAUGUCGCACGCCUAUUUCACUGAGAGGUGUCCCAAGUGAGGCCAGACAGUGUGACUACACAGGCCAGUAUUACUGCAGCACAUGUCACUGGAACGACACGGCCAUCAUCCCAGCUCGUGUCAUCCACAACUGGGAGUUUGAACAACGCAAGGUUUGUCGCUCCUCUUUGCGCUACCUGGGUCUGAUGAUGCCACGACCUGUGCUGAAGCUGAAGGAAAUCAACCCUCUGCUGUUCAACUUUGUGGAGGAACUGGUCGAGAUCAGGAAACUUCGUCAGGACAUUCUGUUGAUGAAACCAUAUUUUAUUACCUGUAAAGAGGCAAUGGAGGCUCGGCUACUGCUACAGCUACAAGAUCGACAGCACUUUGUAGAGAACGAUGACAUGUACUCGCUACAGGAUUUAAUUGACAUCUCCAGUGGGAGACUGAGCUGCUCCCUGACUGAGAUUCACACUACAUUCGCCAAACACAUCAAACUAGACUGUGAGCGUUGUCAGGCCAAAGGAUUUGUGUGUGAGCUGUGCAAAGAAGGAGACAUCCUGUUCCCUUUCGACAGUCACACCUCCGUCUGCCACGACUGCUCUGCUGUUUUCCACAGAGACUGUUACUAUGACAACUCCACAACUUGUCCCCGGUGUGCCCGGAUGACUGAGCGCAAACAGGACGAUGUGUCGGAAGACACGUAACUCUGGAAAGGACCAUGUGAUGUUACUCGAUGUUGCACUUUUGGCUUGUUUUGUGCAUUAUGUGUAAACUGCGGUGUCCUUCGGCGCACUACAUUACGAAGCAGAAGAUCAAGAAACCCAUCUGUAAAUUAAUAUAUACAUAUCUAUAUAUUUUUAGCAAACUUUUUAAUUUACACUAUAAUUGGAUGUACUGAACGUUGUGCAGAUUUUGCUCCGCAGGUAAUAGAUGCCUUACAGUGAAAUAGGUGACUAAGCAUGAAGGAAAUUUAUAUUCACCGCACAGGUAUUAAUUGCAUUACUGUGUACUGCUACAUUUGCUGAAAAGUAAAGUUUAAACUAAACGUCAGCUUCCACAUGCAAGCUGUGUUGUAUUAAGUGGAAAGAUUAUGUUUUUCAACUUUGUCCAGAGCUGUCGGUUCCAAGUUUAUCAGGUCAAGUACGUCGGAAGCGAAACAGUCACUUAUCUGUGUGAAAUGCCUGGUUUACAGUUUAGGCUCAUAAUCUUAAAAACAUUUCUUAAGAUCUUAAAACUAUUUCCUGACCCCGAGCAAUAGUUCCCAAAACCUUUAUGUUCCUUUUUUUCCAGAAGAAAUCAACAGGCUUCUCCUUGUGUUUGGGAUGUACAGUCUCCUAAUUUGUCUCUGAACGUGUGGUUUCAUACUUUCUGGUGUUAAUAUUUAGAAACACAAGACACACUGUGCUCUCUCUUCUUCAUCCCCCCGUGUACUGGAGAAGCUGAGUGAAAAGACUUUGGUCUUGGGUCCAUAAAUCGCCCUGUUGCUGUAUCGGUUCAUCUAUCGGCCACUUCUUUUAUACAAGCUUGUCUAUGCUUUGCUCGCAAUGCAGCUCCUCAGUUUGAGAGCCAUUGUACAAAAGCAAUAUCUCCUUUUGCAUUUCAUUUUUCAAUGAGCCACCCUGAAGACUGGGAAUAUUUGACACAAUAAAAAGGACUAAACUAUCCUUUGAAAUAGAGCACCCUGUAUAACCACACAGCAUGCAUUUUCGGUACAUUUCCCGUCCAGGAGAAUUACAAGAAAUGUGGGAGAUUAAAGAUGCUUUUCCUUUUACCCCAAAACUGUGAACUUAUUUCACACAGAUUGAUCUGUUUGAUGGCUCCAGUUUCAGUGUUAAGUAAACCGAUGUGAAUACUCAUGAUCAUUGUGUGCCUAAAAAAAAGGUGUCAGGUAACAUGCCGUACAGCUGGUAGCUGUCAUGUUCAUGUUUUUACAGUCUUAAAGUAGCACAUUUUGUCAUCGGAUGACAAAGAUAUUAAGUGACACCUGUGCUUGUUGACCUCAUGUAUUUGUUGUGUUCAGUAUGAUGUUGUGUCAGUCGAAUAGACUUAACAGUGCACAGUGUUGUUGAAAGCCAUGUCCUGUUGUAAAAUCAUGUGGAGUCGAGCAUGAAUAAAGUUAUUCAGUAUGUGAAA